GAGCUCCCCCAAAAAUAAGUUUGACAGGGAGUCCUCGGUGCCUCAUCAUCAUGGUACCAAAUGGCUCAGUCCACCACUUGUUUUCCAGGUGCUAUGCUGGGAGGCAAUUGGCUAGGAAUUUUUCCAAGAGUGACUUUGGGGGCUGGUUCCGUUCUGCCCGAUCCUCAGUACACAAAGCAGGCGCCAGGAAAGAUGCCCACUCCAACUUGCUGUCCAAGCAGGAAUCCAGCAACCUGUAUAAAAUCCAAUUUCACAAUGUCAAGCCAGAGUGUCUGGAUGCAUAUAACAAUCUAGAGGCAGAGGUACAAAAGAAACUACAUCAGGACACAGAGUAUCCAUGUGAGGUAGUAGGAAGCUGGAACACCUGGUAUGGAGAACAGGACCAAGCAGUGCACCUAUGGCGCUACAGAGGGGGCUACCCUGCCCUGACUGAGUGCCUCAACAAGCUCAAAGUCAACAAGGAAUAUUUAGAAUUCCGGCGAGAGAGAGCAAAAAUGCUGAAUUCCAGGCGGAAUCAACUCCUGUUGGAGUUCAGUUUCUGGAAUGAACCUCUUCCCAGACCGGGACCAAACAUAUAUGAAAUGAGGAGCUACUCAAUCAAGCCAGGGACCAUGAUCGAAUGGGGCAACCACUGGGCCAGGGCCAUCAAAUACAGGCAGGAAAACAACGAGGCCGUUGGGGGCUUCUUCUCGCAGAUUGGCGAUCUGUACGUCGUCCAUCACUUGUGGGCUUAUGAAAACCUUCAGUCUCGAGAUGAAACCAGGAAGUCUGCAUGGCGAAAAGAGGGAUGGGACGCUAACGUGAGCUACACGGUACCUCUCAUCAGAAGCAUGGAAUGCAGGAUUAUGAUUCCUUGCACCAGUUCUCUGUUACAAUGAGGACACAAAUCAGACGGCAACACCAACUGCAGCUAACAACAACACUAUUUCUGUACUCUUGGAACACUUCUGCCAUAUAAUGACACUCAAAUCAUUAGACUAUGUUUAAAUAUGAGUGUAUAUUUUUGAAUACCAUGCUACAGUGUUAUCCACAGAAUAGUGGCAAAGCGCUUCUUUUAUAAAAGAAUGGCCUAUCUAAAUGAACCUCCUCUCCCCUCUUUAAAGUGCCACUAAAUAAAAAAAAUAUUAUACAUGAUUUUUCAUGUAGGUAAGGAUGUUCUGCGUGCAACAUGCAUCAAUACAUGCUGGGUUUUUGUUGUUGUUUUUGUUUGGAUAUACGUUGUGUUGGACCUGAUUUUAUUAUGACAGUUGUCAUAAUUAAAUUAUGUCCAAUAUCUACAGUGGGGCAAAUAAGUAUUUAGU